GCGUCUGCGAUCUCCGUGACCUUCUCGCUGGUGGAGCCUGCUUUCGCUGGCGAUGUUAUAAGGCUUACGGCUCCGCCCGGAUACGACUUCCGGGCCGAUCCCCAGGGUCAGGAGUCGGGCACAUCGGCAUCGGGCAAGACUUGCCGAAAGGUGCAAAACUGGUCAAAGCUCGGAGUGCAGCCCGACCAGGACUUGCGAUGCUUCCAGGGCCUCCUCUGCGUCCUGCGGCUCAGUGGGCACGACCUCAGCCUGAGAAGCCAGGUUCAGCUGAAUCGACUUGACCGGCCCUGCGGAGACCUCCCUGGGCGAGAUGUCGAUGCCAGGCGCACGUCCCUCUCUGCUCUCGGAGCCGGUGAUGGCACGCAGGCGGAGUUCGAACUUGGAACUGCGCUUCCGCUGGGACAGUUCCAUGUCUGCUACUGCCACGGCGAUGGUGGUUGCGACAGGAAUGACCGUUUCUGCCAAACUGCUGGCAUUCUUACUGUGGCAGAUCUCUGCGCCGAGGCCACCUGCGGUACUGCGCCUCCAUGCUACAGCAGCUGUGACCCGCGAUCGGGACGGUGUGUCUCCCAGGAUUUGCUAAUCCAACUCGCAGAUGGGGCAGACUGUGUGAUGCCAAGCAACGAAAGCUCCCUUCCGGGUCGCUGUGAUCAAGGGCAAUGUGUUCCGAGGGGCCCGCCGUCUCCUCAAGCCAGCGAUGCGGAGGCUUCGGCGGUCCCCCCCAGCUGCCUGGCGGAUGGCUUCGAGUGCCUGGACCGGGAGAUGGCUUGGACCUUGGGAUACGAGGGCUAUGCGCGCUUUCAGCCCAUCUACUUCGAGGCCACUGCGCUCCACCCGACGUCGCUUCCGCCGGAGGACAAUGUCUUUGACUUGUCCCACCUUCGUGGCGGCGUCGUCCGAGGCAGCCGGCUGGUGCAGGCUUAUGGCAUCCGGCCGCAACUCAGCCAAGUGAACAUCUCCCGGACGGGAGCGGAGAGCGCCGGCGGGGCCACCACUGAACUGCGCCUAAGCUUCGUCACGGUGCAGUCGGCUUCGACUCUCUGGAUCCGCGCCAAGGAGCCAAUUGGUUUCGACCUGGGCUCCGCCUUCGUCACCGGGUUACAGCCCAGCGCUGGACAUGGCCAGGGUGACACGAUGGAGAUUGAGAUGAACAUAAGUGCAAAGCAGCAGAUCUCUAUCGAGUUGGCCAACGUGCGCCUUCCGCUCGAAGGCGGGGCAUCUCUCUUCGAUAUUGUGACCUACAACGGCUCCACCGUGCAGGACAGCGUCUACGAUGUUCCGGGCUUCCUGAUUCCUGCCCACGUCGCGGUUUCCGACAUCGUGUUGCUGAAUUCGUACAAGCAGGACACGAGCAGCCAGUUCGCUGUGGAGGCGACAUUCGGAAAUCGCUACGGCGAAACGGCCAAACUCAGUGUGCGGUGGGCUUUGAGCUCUGCCAUACCACCCCAGUCGAUGCUGAAGAUUGCAGCGGCGUACUGGCAGUUCGUACCGGGCACGUCCAAAAUGGCGGAGAGUCGUCCAGACGGCACUGCAACAAGCCUGGCUCCAGAUGUUGUGGAGGAGGGAGCCUCCUUGAGCCUGCGCUUGGCCACUGGUCUUCGGCCCUCCAGGCUUGCAAGCUACAUGAUCGAGGUGGAGGUUCUUGCGCCCACGCCCAGCCAAUGCCUCUGCUUCGGCUCUGGACUCUGUCAGCUGUGCCAGACGAACUGGUCCAUGGAGGUCCUUGACGCUGCUGACGUUGUCAUCGCGACAAACGACGCGUUGCUUGUAGGUUUCCCUCUCGUCUCGGAGGUUAUUUGGGAUGUUUUUGCCUUGCGGGCGCCGCCUCAAGCUCUGCUCGACGUUACACUUCGUCUCACUACCGUUGGCGCAGUGCCGGCUACCGUGCUGAUGGUCACAGCACCUUUUGGAUACGAGUUCCCGUACCAAUGCUUCGCGCUUCUGGCGUUGAACGGCACCGUGGCAGGGCUUCCUGUCUUCACCCAAUGCACCGGGCGCUUGAACAGUGCCGCGCUGCUUCUGGAUGACCAAGGCCUCUACCGCUCCAGCAAUCUCCAGCUGCGGGUGACGACGCCCAGAACUCCUCCGCAGGACAAUCGAUGGUACAUCCAAGGGCGGCUGCGGGCUACGAACACCGAGGUCUGUUGGGGCGUUGCGGCUGGCCUUCCCAGCCAGCAGAUGACGGACGUCUCCGUGGAGUUCGCUGCUUUGCAGACGUUGCACACGGUAUUUCUAUUGCGGGUGACUACAGAAGUGGAGGUGGCUGCGGGAGGAUCCUUGGUCGUCAUACCUCCUCCUGGCUAUCUUCUCUCCUGUGACGGGCUGAAACUGUUCUUCGCCCCAGGAGUGGUGUCAGGAGACGAAACAGGCCUCAUCAGCUGCUCCAGCUAUCGUCAAGGCAUCCAGAUCGUGUUCGCCGCGACCAUGCUGGCGGGCUCUCCGUAUGCCUUUGGGCUCCAGGGUGGCACAGCAGCAGCCAGCGCUGCAGAUCGUGACUCAGAUGUCUUUUCGCUGCAGGUCUUGAACCCCAGCGGCACAGUGGCGGAGUCGAGCUUCUCCAUCCAAGCACCGCCAUUGCAGAGCUUCGGCUCCAUUGAGCAGCCCUAUCUGCUUUGGUACGACAUGCCAACACCUGGUACAAGCAUUUGGGUUUCACUGGGUCUCCGUGUGCCGCGGCGUGCAGCAGCCGGUUUGGAAACGCUCAGGGUGUCUUUGCCGGACGGUUUCGAGCAUACGGCCCUCGCACGCAAUCGCGAUGAAAUCGACGAGCACAGUGUCACCUUGGCCUGGCGACCUCUUCAGUUGCCUUCGAGCCCGGCCGGCAUCUUCAGCGACUACGAGGCUUGGACGCGUGCUGAAGAGAUCGCUCUGGCCAACGAGGCACCAGCACCUGUGCUGGUCGCGGAGGUGGUGGCUUCCAAUGGCUCUGUGAAUGCCACUACCGGUACCACCAGCACAACAACGUCGACAGAAAUGGAUGAAAUGCCGGUACCACAGGGCCGGAACUGGGUGAAUCUGGGCCAGCGCAACGAGGUGCAGAUGCGGCUGAUCUCUUCCCGGACUUUCCCCGCUUGUGAGCUGUUGCUGCGCUUUCCGGUGCAGCUGCCCAGCAGGAAGCCGAGGCUGAACCUUUGGUACGUCACUUUGGCGUUUGCUGCCAACACGUCCGGCCGGUACGACGGGGACGUCCGAUUUGUCGUUCCUGGCUUCGACUUCUUCCAGCAGCCUCCUUCAGCAGCGGUGGAACAUGCGCAGCACGUUUUCGAUUACGCUGGCUACGACUACUUCCAGUUCUCGACACAGCAUGUUGGCUCUGGUCAGCUUCCGAAGUACGACGUUCCGCUGGCUUUGUUCUGCCUGGCCUUCGCUCUACAUCUGUGA